UGUUUACAUCAAUCAGCUGAUACGUUCAUCACCACGUACGCCGGCGAACACAUAAAUUUUUAAGUCUGAAACCUUUUAAAAUAAUAAGAACAUUUGUUUUGGGGAUAUGUCAACUGUAGAGAGCCAAUUGCUACAGCAAAUAAGUGUUACCGAAGAAAAACCACAGCAUAGCAAAAGAAAUGUGGGUUUAGUGCUCGUUGGCCUGACUGGAGGAGCAGCCAUUGGUCUCAGUAUUAUUGCUGCUCCUUUUGUUGCACCUGCACUGAGAAAGGUGUGUCUUCCCUAUGUCCCAGCAACAACCCAGCAAGUUAAUAAUGUUUUGCGAGCCCUCAAAGGUCGAACUGGAACACUGGUGGAUCUAGGCAGUGGUGAUGGUCGCAUAGUUGUUGCUGCAGCUAAAGCAGCUAAAUUAUCUGGCGUUGGAGUAGAACUUAACCCAUGGCUAGUGUGGUAUUCACGCUGGCUUGCCUGGAGGAAAGGCGUCUCAUCCUCGACUUCAUUCAUGACACAUGAUCUUUGGAAGUUGAACUUGCAGCAGUAUAAGAAUGUUGUGAUCUUUGGUGUUGAGGAAAUGAUGCCAGAUUUAGAGUCAAAGUUACUGCAAGAGCUGACUGCUGAUGGAUGUGUGGUUGCCUGCCGGUUUCCAUUACCCACCUGGCAGCCAAUAGCAGUAUUUGGAGAAGGCAUUGACACUGUUUGGCUCUACAGAAGACCUAAUGAUUAUGCAGUUGACAAGAGAAAAGAUCAUGAAAGUUUUGUUGAUAAUAGAUAAGAAGUACUUUCUUUAAAUGUAUGUGAAUAUUUGUAAAUAAUUGUAUACCAAUAGAAAGGACACUGUUUA